ACAAUGGCAGUGUUGGGCCUGUUAGUUUGCCUCUGUUUGCUGUUUAUAGAAACAGUAGUCGGGGUAGGCUAUUUAGGUGUAAGGCCUCCCUCACAAAACAAAUGCCAUUACGAGAAGAUCGAGGAUGCACAUUUUAGUUACAAAAGAGACGAUUUCUGCGAGGGACCCUAUGAAUGGUGUAACGUGCAUGAUUGUUGGGCAACCUGUGGCUCCAACGAAAGACAAUCCCCGAUCAACAUAGAAACAAGGAAAACCAAAUCUUUAGCGCAUUAUCGAGGAGACGUCCAUCUAAAGGGUUGUGAUAGGAGAGUGAAAGCCAAAAUCUACAAUAACGGCCAUUCACCCCAUUUUGAUGUGAAAGAAGAUGAUCAGGAUAAAAUAACCCUUACCCACGUUCCCUUCAGAAAACAUAGAACAUACAAUUUUGCACAGCUGCAUAUUCAUGUUGGCCGUCAAAGGAAUAAAGGUUCAGAACAUUCCAUAAACGACAAAUUUUAUCCUAUGGAGGCCCAUAUGGUGUUUUACGACGCAGAGUAUCAAAAUGUAACAUAUGCAAAAUUUAGACCAGAAGGUUUGGUAGUUCUUGGCGUUAUGAUAAAUGUACAAAGAGAUGACGACGAUGAUGAUGAAGAUUACGAGGAAGAAUAUGAAGAAGAGAGGGAAGAGGAAAACGGCCAUAGUAGAAACAACGAAGACAUUUGCGACAACGACAAUGAUGAAGACUACGAACAGUAUUAUAACAGAAGAUGCUACAAAGGGCAUCAUCGUUGUAAAGUGAGGUUUGCUAGAACACUGAGUGAUAUAAUGGAGAAAUACUACAAAUUGAUAAAAGAUUAUAAGGGUGAGGAAUUUGAAACGGGAGAACGCCGAACUAAACCUCCAUGUCAUCCAAAACAACUUACCCAAGACUUCAUAAAGGAGAAUUGUAUAAAGAACGUGAAUGAUUCACACAAAAAUAUCUCAGUACCUGUAUGUGGAAUAUCACCUCUAGACGUCCUCCCCUACGACCGUAGAUUUUAUACAUAUAAGGGAUCUUUAACCACGCCCCCAUGUUAUGAAACCGUACAGUGGAUAGUUUACAAAUGUCCAAUUAAAGUCACUCGUAAGGCGUUUAAUGCAUUGCGAGAAGUUCGGGAUUCGCACCAUCAUCCUCUUUCUAAGCUGGGAGUAAGAAGACCACUCCAGGUAAACAAAUAUCAUGUGUACAGAAAUUAUUAGAAAAAAUAGGAGCAAGUGGACGACAACAGUCCAUGCUAUAUGAUGAAAAUAACACUUUUAAGUUAUACUGGAAAGAGCUUGCAAUAUGUCCAUGGUAAUGCUUGCAAUAAUGCAUUCUCAAGUACUCUUUUAGAAUUUUAAGAAAUUACUGUAUUGCCUAUUGUGUAUAUUGUUUGUUUAAACAAAUGUCUAUUUUCAUUGAAUAUGUUGUUUUCUU